AUGGAAGCGGAGCAUGAUGCAAUGCAGAAGGAGAUGGAAUCAGAGCUUUUGGAAAUGCAAAACACGGAUACAAGUGAUAUGAGUGAUGCGAUGAAGAAAGAGAUGGAACUUAAGAUAAUAGAAAAGAAGAAAGAGAUGGAGAGGAAGGAGAUGGAAAUGAAGAAAGAGAUGGAAAGACUGGAGAUGGAGAAGAAGAAAGAGAGGGAAGCGAAGGAGUUACAGAAGAAGAAAGAGAAGGAAGCAAGAGAACUUCAGAAGAAGAAAGAGAGGGAGGAGCAGGAGUUGCAGAGGAAGAAAGAGAGAGAACAGAAGGAGUUGGAGAGGAAGAAAGAGAGGGAGCAGAAGGAAGCGGAGAGGUUGAAAGGGAAGGAACAGAAGGAGGAGGAAAAGAGGAAAUACGAAAACUUCAAGAAUUCAAGUCAUCCUUCUGGCAAACUAAACCCGUAA